CGGUAUUGAAAUGUAGAGGUUAAUAUUUAAUUAACCAUCGCAAUAAUUGAGCUCAAUUUUAUUGAAGUCAUAAAUAAUUCGAAAAUUGCUGCGAACAAGAAAUAUGUUGAGAUGACCCACACGAUGUUUUUAUUGACCCGAUUCACGUAACAUAUUGCGAUAAUACCAAUUUAACUAAACAUAAAUUUUCGAUAAAUUCCAAAAACAAACGCCGAAUGCAGUAGAACAUCAAAUUCCGCAAUAUUUUUUAUAUGUUACUACAUAGAUAAAGACGAUAACAAGUGCUAGUGUCCGUCUAUCUUUUCUUGUUAUUCAAAAUGUUUUCGCUUUUCGGAAAACGACUGACCUAUAGCCCCGAAGAUAUUUUAUCAUGUACACUCCAAGAUAAAAAUACGGCUUUGUCUUAACUCUCGUAAUAAUUAAAACAACAUGCAAAGGACCGUGGUGUUGUGCGCCCUCGUGGUCUGCGCCCUGGGAAAACCCGAGGGUUACUUCCACCAGCAAAUGCAAUAUUCCCGGAAAGCAGAAUCCUAUCGUGAUAAUGAACUGGAAAGGAGUGAAGGAGAUGAGGCAUUUUACUCGAAACAUGGAGAUUUAGACGGUCGCGUGCAGCCCAAAGUAGACUCUCACAGUUCUCAUACGGAAUACGAAAACCCAAAGUUCAAAAACCAAGGAACCAGCGGUAGCCUUAUGUACGGUCAAGAAGGUAACUCUGGAUACGGUUAUAAUAACAGAGACUAUUCAUCCAGAGGAUACGGAGGUAAUCUAGGCCUGAGCAGUGGUUACCAAGAUGCCAGUAACUUCGAUUCCAUGGCUUCGUCUUCCUCCCAGAGUCGCCAAUUUGCUUCGCGAGGUUAUUCGGCAACCGGAGGAGGUUAUUCAGCUGGAAGUCACGCUGGUUACGCCAUUGUCCCAACAACAAACGCCCAACUUCAAGACAUGAGCAGAAGACUACACGAACAAAUGUCCCGUCAACUUCAAUCCGCCAUUAGAAACGAACACCAAGCCCAUUCCGCGUUCUCCGCUAGCAGCAGCUCAAGCUACAACAAUUACGAUUUCAAAACGUUGGAAGACGAAAUACGACAAAACCUAACAAGACAAUUCCAAGAGGCCCUCAACAAUCAAUACCGAUCUCAGACGGCCUCAAUCCCAUAUCCGUUCACGUCUAGUGGCGGAGUUAAACAAGAAUUCGAGGAACUGAAGUCACACGUCGAACAAGAUCUCCUAAAAGAAUUGAGGGAAGGCGUACAGACUCAGUACGGAUACAGACCAGCGGUCUCUUACAGACCAGUGCUUGAAUAUAGAGCACCAGCUCCUGCUCCUGUUCCUGCCCCUGUUCCUGUUCCUGCAUACAACACCAAAAGCUCAAGCUGGGACUCCAGCGCAAGCUACCAAGCGGGAUAUCAAUCCCAAUAUCCACAACACGUAAGCCAACCCGUCGUCACCACAGUAACUUACGUCCCUCUUACUGAUGUGACGUCGAGGGUUGAAGAUACAGUGGCAAGAAAUCUGCAGUCAGCCUUGCAGGAGGUCGAUAGGCAAUUCAAUGAGCAAAGUUCGCAAGUUUACAGCUCCAGCAGCAGUUUCAACGUUGAUUACAGCGGCCAGCUGAACGAGCUCACCGAUCAACUCGUUCGUAACUUAACAGAAACGUUGGAAGACGAACUUAGAAAGAACUACGGACGAUAUGAGGAACGAGAUUCUUACGUGUACGUCGAUUCCAGACCGGUCUUCAGAGUAAACGAGUUGGAAGAAAAGAAAGAGAAAAUCCGCAACGAAUUAAUCCGAAAACUCGAAAACAGCUUCAGACAAAAAUACAAUAACUUUGUACAACGAGCUUCAUACGUUAAACAGCAGCAGCAAGAUCAACAACAAUCCCAAUCCCAUCAAUCCUAUCAACCUGUUGUAAGACCUCAGCCUUUAUCCGCGGGAGGUUACUCGUCUUCUUCUUCCCACUCGGCAUCCGCGUCGUACAACCAAAACUCCGGCAGCUACUAUCCAUCUGAUUAUCAGGAAGGUCUAAACGUCGUGGCCAACGAAGUGGAGACAGAUUUGACGCGGCAACUCCAAUCCGCCCUUACAGAACAAGAAAAACAACUGAGACACAUGAUGUCCUACAGUCAACAGGAUCGUCCGAAUUAUCAGCAAACUCUUGCAGAACUCCAAGACGAAUUACGAAGAAACUUCACCAACAAGUUGGACGACAGCUUACGGAAACAUUACAGGGUAGAAACGCAAAGUGGUUCUUACUUCUUUGCAACUGGCAGCGGAUCCGGUUCCCAAGAUCAACAGCAAAUGCAACAAAAACUGGAAAGAUUAAGGGACAGCCUCCAAAGUCAACUCAUGCAACAGUUGGAACGAGGUAUGGCCCAUCAGCAAAGCUACUAUUCCAGCUCCAGCAGUUCCAGCAGCGCUAGUUCUGGUUACAAAUCGGCCAAAUUGUCCCAGUACCCGUCCAAGUCGUAUUCCCAAAAUUACGGUUCCGGUCUAACGUACGAGGAAGAUUGUGACACCCAAGGAGACGAUCCCCACUCUUACCGUAGAUCAGUGAGAAGCACACCCGACCAACAACAAGAAGAUGUUGAAGAUUUAGUCCAAGAAACUGAACUUCUUCAACAAAAGGACUUGGACAAACUUACGCAACAACAGGAAAAUCCUGAAGUAUUUGGCAAAUUACAGACCAACAGGGGAGAUAUUAGUACCAAUGAACAGGGAGUACAAAGAGAAAGGGAAGAGGUUUCAUCAAAUCAACCACCUCGACCGCCAAAACGAACGUACCCUGCAAAGCAAAGGAUUCACGCACGACCAGUCUUUUCAUUCAACAAACCUGCCACUCAAGCAGACGAUCUGACACAACAACGGCAAGAAGAGACGGCAGAUUUAACCCAACAAGUACAACAACCAGAAUCCAUCGCUCCGUUGAGAAACUACCCAUCUAGUUACAAUGCCAAACCGCAUACCAACAAUCCUGUUGAAGACGACAGCGAUCUAACACAACAAACUGCACAAGUAGAAGAUUUAGCACAAGUUCAACUUCAAAACCAAGACUUCAUCCAGCAACAAGAAAGACGAGCACACUCUCUACAAUCAGGUUACUUGAGAACAACAUCUGACAACAGAAAUAAACAAAACAAACAAGACACGGAAGAUCUCACUCAACAACAGGAGCAAACAGAUGAUUUGGUACAACAACAACAACAUCGAGAAUCUGAAGCUCCGUUACGAAAUUAUCAAAACAACAAUCCAUCACGUGGAUUUACAUGGAUGAGUAACCCAACAUACAGACGUAACGAUCAGACGGUAGGAUUAUCGCAACAGCAAGAGCAGGUAGAAGAUUUGACUCAGCAACAAGAUCUGGUGCAAAGACCAAACAACGAACCUGUUGUCACAAGACCGAUUAAUUCCUGGCAAUAUGAAGACGUAACUCCUACACGGAAUUAUCCAUCAACCAACUAUAAACCUAGCUAUUUAAGGACUAACAGAUAUAACGAUCAAGUUACUAAUCCCACCCUACAGCAAGAACAAGUGGAUGAUUUAACGCAAAAACAGCAACCGGAACCAGUUUACGUUAAUUAUCAAACAGGGUUUAAACCAACUUCCGGCGAUCUCAUUCGGACUCCAUCCAGGACCAAUUCAUCUCCAACUCGGGGGAUUUCCGGAUCAACCUAUAAUAAUUACGAUGCCCAAGGAGAAGAUCUAACCCAACAACAAGAACAAGUGGAAGAUUUGACUCAACAGAGACAAACACAAGACUAUCAUUUGCAGCAAUCAGCUCGUGGUCUGUCUUGGCGAUCAACUACACCGAAACCCAGAACCUCAUAUUUUUCUUCCCAAGACUUAUCGAACCAACAGUCCACUGAUUUCGGACAGCAAAGCCGAGACCUAACUCAGCAACAAGAAUUCGACUAUUUCACAACCACGUUCAAACCAAUUCAUCCCAAACCUCUUUCUGUUAUUGGUAUAGACGAACAAAGGGCAGAAGACGAAAACAAUUUUGGAAAAUUGGAAAUCGGAAGUCAGUCUAGCAGAAACUGGAGACUACAUAACAAAAAGCCUUCUGAUCUCGAUCAACAACAAGAGCAGGUUGAAGACUUGACCCAAGUCCAACAGAAACCUACGGUUUCAGGCUCCUUAUGGGAUGACAGCCAAAGGACAGAGAAUCAAAACAAUUUUGAAUCUUUGCAAAUUGGAAGUCAAACAAGCGGGACCAGGAGGCAAAACACAAGACCAAUCGAUCUAACUCAGCAACAAGAACAAGUUGAGGACUUGGAUCAUGUCCAACCUACGGUUUCCGGUUCAAUAAGGAACGACAAUCAAUUCUAUCAUAACGAAAGGCAAUCUCAUCAAUACGAUUUUGGCCACAACAGUUAUUCUACACGUAAUGUGGUUCGCCCUGGUUACACCGUGGGUCAGGGAUCUCAAUAUGAAUUAGAGACGGAGCACCUGGGUGUCACCAAAACCACCCCAAAAGUAAAUUAUGCAAAUCAAGGCCAGUUGGAAGAUAAUUUUGGAAGAGCUGACGAAUUUUACUCUUUAACAACAGAGAAACAACACGCUUUGGUGUUAGAUGCAAACAACAACAGAAGGAGCUACGGGGGUGUUAAAGGUGGCAGGGGUCGAGCAGGUAGCCCAUUUAGUGGUCAAAUAGUCGAUGAACAUUAUGAAGUGGAACCAACAAUUGCACCUACAUCUGAUGUUGAACAAUUUGCAAUCCCUGAGCAAACUGAGAGUCCAGGUUUUUGGAAAAAAGUAGGAAGUAAACUUGAGAAUACAUACAACCAAGCUAAAGUAGCAACUUCUAAACUAGCAAAAAGCAUACGUACAUCAGUAGGGUAUUAAGUUAGAAUAUAUCUUUAUAACAUUUUGUAUUUAUAAUUCAGAAAUAAACUUUUUUUAAAUUAUUA